AGAGUAGAGGCGCAGAGACUGGAUCUAGAGAACGCUGUGUUGGUGCAGGAACUGAUGGCCGUCAAAGAGGAGAAGGCUGAGCUGAAGGCUCGCAGCUACCUGCUGGAGAAAGAGAAGCGAGCCUUGGAGCUACGACUGAGCGGCAAAGAGACGCAGGAAACGGCCUACCGCAUACAGAUAGAACACUUACAGGGGGAGCUGGAGCUGGUGGCCGGGGAACACCCACCGCACGCCCCCCUCACCUCCCCCUCUCCCUCCUCUCCCCGGUCAGGUGCCAGUGGUCAUCAGUAUCAUCAUCAUCAUCAGUCUUCUAGAACAACGACGGCGAGCUCAAAGCAGCAACAGCAGCAGCAGCAACAUCUCCCAGACGCGUGGAAGGUGACGGAAAUGGCGUCACGGGAUGCCAACGAUCUGGCGAGGGACUUCCUCUUGAGCCUGGAGAGGGAGCGUGUUCUCAAAUGGCGCGUCUCGGAGCUCAUGUCCACUUUGGAGAAAAUUUCCCGGAAUUCGGAAAGUGGCCACAAGCAGUGGGCCCAGUUCGUCAACGACCUAAAACGGGCCAACUCGGCCUUGAUCUCGGCCUUCGACAAAGCCCGCAAGAAGUACCAGGGCCGGCUGAAGAAGAUGGAGGGACAGCUGAAGGGCUGGAAGGAGAAAUACGACGCAGACACGGCCGCACUGAGGCAGCGCUUGAGUGUGCUGGAGGGGACCAGAGGGGGAGGGGGAGGGGUUCGUACCCCACCCACCCCCCAACCGCCGCCCAGCGAAACCUCGUUGUAGUAGUUGAGGCAUCCCCAUACGAGGUCCGUCCCAGAAUAACGUUUCCCUCCUCCGCAAAAUCAAAAGUACGCAAUCAACAGCCACUAAAUUUUGUGACGUCAUGACAUCAUGUCUGAGAAAUCUCUACGCCAAAUUGCAAGUGCAUUGGUAAACGGGUCAUAGAGCUGUGACGUGUCAAGUGUGGUGUUCUUGUGUAUUUUGUCCGAGGCUAAUUCGAGGAAAAUGGCUGAGCAAAAGACUGGUGCAACCUUCUCUUUCUACGAUGUCCGAAUAGUGAUCAAAUGUUCAACUCUUCUCGGCAAGUCUGCAGUUGAAACCCUUGGUGAUCUAUACAAAGUAAUCGGGAAUAAUGCCCCAUCAAUUCAAACAGUAAGGAAAUGGAUCAGGAGGUUGAAGGUGGGAGGUCUGAAAGAUGAAGCGCACUCACAAAACACAGUGGGAGAGAAAGGUGAUGCACAUUGGGGGGUUUUUUCUACAUGAGUGGCAUCCUACUGAGCUGGCUAGUCCCACCUGGCGUAACUGUCAAUGGUAACUACUACACAGGUUCGUCCUCAAAGACGGGCUGAGACCUGCGGUCCGCAAAAAAGACCCGCUUUGCUGGAAGAAAGCGUGAUCCUGCGUCAUGACAACGCGCCUGUUCACAAGUCCAGAGUUGUGCACGAGCUUCUUGACGGCUACUCGUGGGAAUUUCUUGUGUUGGAACACCCGCCCUAUUCGCCCGAUCUCGCCUCUUGCAGCUUCCACCUCUUCCCCAAGGUGAAAUGCUGCGAGGUCGGCGAUUUGAGGACGAGGACCAGAUUCAAGAAAAGCACUCGGGACCUUGGACAAACAAUCACUGACCACUGUCGUUGACCACUGGGUACAUCAAGUGGAGAAAUGUCUGGAACUUGAUGGUUCCUGCGUUGAAUAGGUAUUUGAAUAAGCUAUGUGUUGAUACCAAAUACAUUUACAUGUUCAAGGUGAUUUAUCAUUAUAAGUGAGGGUGGCAUAACAGGGAGACUUUAUUCCCACACAGACCUCAUAGCUGACCACCAGCAUGCUGAAAAAAAAAAGUAUUAAGUAUGUUUGUUAGGAUCUGAGCACCAAAGUCUGCUUCUGUUUUGGGAGUGGAAAAUACUUUUGCUGUCUUCUAGUGCAUUAAGUUGUUAUUGU